AAAGCAGAGCAGACAAUCAAGUCAAAGCCGCGGAUGUGCUAUAUAACCGUUCGUCGGAGUGGAUAAAUAUUAGUGCCACUACGCUCGCAGUGCUGCAAAAGCUCUGCAGUUUCUUCGCUGAAGACAGAAGAUCUCCAAGGGGGGAUAGAGCCAAGGCGCUUUGCAAGGGGGGGGUUUUAUCGGCCCACUGCAGUCUGAAUCAUCAGAGACUCGCCCCUUUCCUUGGGUCUUCGCUCACUUAGCUGUCCGUGGACGUGCUUGCAUCCUCCCCCCGGGCAGACGGAGCGGACCGUAGCCGUGUUGGACUCUGCCCAGGCCGAGCCCGCCCGGCAGAGCAUGCGACACCAUGAGCCAAAGGGACACAUUGGUUCAUUUGUUCGCCGGAGGAUGUGGUGGCACUGUGGGCGCUAUUUUAACUUGUCCCCUGGAAGUGGUAAAGACCAGACUGCAGUCCUCUUCCAUUACACUUUACGUCUCUGAAGUUCAGCUCAGCGCUGUCAACGGAGCCAGCGUUGCCCGUGUUUCUCCUCCGGGGCCUCUGCACUGUCUCAAGUUAAUUCUAGAGAAAGAGGGAGCCCGGUCAUUGUUCAGAGGACUGGGUCCCAAUCUUGUAGGUGUGGCACCUUCCAGGGCAAUCUACUUUGCAGCCUAUUCAACAGCCAAAGAAAAGCUGAAUGGAGUGCUGGAGCCAGACUCGACCCAGGUGCACAUGGUGUCUGCAGGGAUGGCAGGGUUCACUGCCAUCACAGCCACCAAUCCCAUCUGGUUGAUCAAGACCCGUAUGCAGCUGGACUCCAGGAACCGGGGUGAGCGGCGUAUGAAUGCAUUUGAGUGCGUACGGCGGGUUUACCAGAUGGACGGCCUGCGAGGUUUUUACAGAGGGAUGUCGGCCUCAUAUGCUGGCAUCUCUGAGACUGUUAUCCACUUUGUCAUCUAUGAAAGUAUCAAACGUAAACUGCUGGAGUCGAAAGCCCAUGCGAGCAUGGACGAAGAGGACGAGGGUGUCAAAGACGCUUCAGACUUUGUUGGUAUGAUGCUUGCAGCAGCUACUUCAAAGACCUGUGCCAGCUCCAUCGCCUAUCCUCAUGAAGUUAUACGGACACGACUACGAGAGGAAGGCAGCAAGUACCGCUCCUUCUUUCAAACUUUGCUGACGGUGCCCAAAGAGGAGGGUUACCGGGCGCUGUACCGUGGCCUCACCACCCAUCUCGUCCGACAGAUUCCUAACACUGCUAUCAUGAUGUGCACCUAUGAAGUGGUGGUGUACCUGCUUAGCCAUUAGCCAACUAGGAUCGGCCCCUUUCUCUUUAAAGAGGGGGGCAGUUAUCAGAUAACUGAGGAUGCGUGUUGGCUUGGAAUGGUGGGUAUGAAAUGUCAAAAGGAAGACCAAAGGAAACCUAAAGAUGCUCUCGUGGACCAGAAAAAGAUGAAGGAACAAGGAAGGCAGAACAGCUACGCGGUACCAUAUCAGCAUCAUUUCCUCCAGUUCAGCGUGUUGGAUAGCCGGUGCAGACGGAAGGCGCUACAGCUCAUACAAGGGGUACCUUUGUUCAGAGUAGAGAUGGGGCAGUACCAGAGACACAGAAGAAUUUUGGCACCUGUUAAAAUUCUGAAGGAUAAGAUUCAGUGGCCUUAGAAAGAGUUGGUGUACAUCUAAUUGCUUGAUCAAAGACUUGAGAAAAAAAUAAACUUGUCUGUCCCUUUUUGUUUAGACAUUGUGGGAGGGGGAAGCUUGAAAACAACCAAACUUAACAGGGUGGAUGAAAUCUUGUAGGUCAGUUUGUACUAGCCUGCUUUUACCUCGGUACUGCAACUGUGGUGUGAUUAGAGGAAUGUUUAAUUAAGGUAAAAUGUCAGAAAAGGUUGCAUUUGAGAUGAAGAUGCUUGAAUGUUUUUAAGUCACCUAAGCCACUAUUUACGCUACAGGAAUUGUGGCUCUAGCAUUUUCCUCUGAACACUGUUUGUAAGUCCCCUACAUAGUCGGCAGAGCGUUUACCGGUAAAACACGAUAAUGCCCCUACGAUGGCCUUGGCGACUGUGAACUGAGCACAUGACUAAAACACUUGCCAGUGAAGAAUGGGUUGAAAUGCUGACUUCCAGGCAGUAUUUUAUUCCUUUUUAUUAUUGGCUGAAGUUGGUUUUCAGUGUUAGUGGUUUGUUUCAACAGAAAUUAGAUCAUUUAAGGCCAAAAAUCUUGUGUGAAAACGCAAGACCAAUGUGUCCUUUUUUUGAAAUGUCGAGUGUCUGAGUUUUAAGUGUCCAGAGUAUUUUCUGUAAGCGUUGCUACUUGAAUAUGAUGUGAUGGGGGAAAUGUUGGAGUGUGAGGAUAUUAGUUUUCUCAUCCGUUUCUGUGUGUGAGUGUGUGCAUAUGUGUGCAUGUUUUAAUAAGUUGAAUGAUCUAAAUGAGUUCAAGAAUGUGUGUUUGUGCAUCUGCAUUCAUAAAUAUUUACUCCAGUUUUCCAUCCACUAACUAUUAAUCUUGUAAGACACUGUGGCUGGGAGUGUUGAAAGAGCCCCGAUCAGAGCUUAGAUUCUCUCACUCAUGCCAGUUCUCCCUUCCAGUGGCUUCCAACUGACCUGAUAACAUGCACUUUUGUGGCCUUCUUGGGCUUGUGCUUUUCUUUUUUUUUAAUUUUUUUUUUUUUUUUUUAAUUGUGAGUAUAGAUUCAACUUGUACAUUGUGAAAAAGGAGAAAAAAAAGUAUUGCUGUAUUUCAACAUUUUAUUUUGCGCAACUGUUCUUAUAGCGAUCUGUACAGUUUAGAGAUCUCAGUUAUUGUGAAGGAUGUCCGUACAUCUUUGUUUGUACAUAAUAUAGUAUAAAUGUGUUACCAGUUUAUUUGGUUGUUUUUUUUCUCUGAUAAUGCAUUAUCAGAAGAUUAUUUUCAUGUUUUGUGCAAUUGAACCUCAUUUUGACAUGGACUGUUGACAGAAAUAUGGAAUUCUCGACUUUAUUUUUCUUGUAUUUGUAUGUUGCUGAAAGCAAUCAUACAAAUGUGUGUACUUGCAUUGCAAGCAAAUGCUGCCGAUCGAAGAUGUAGAUGUGAGCAUUUGAGCUGAAGAUUUGGUUCGUCAUUCAUAAAAAAAAAAAAGCUUUGAUGUUUACAUCCUUUUUUUUUUUUUUGUCUUUAAGACAAAGCAACUUGGUUUGAGUAUUUCUUCAAAAAGUUUCGGUGUGAGAGUUCAAGAAUGGGAUGUCUUUCCAUCACACUACAGAUUAACACAGCAGCUUUGGUUGUCUAAAAAUUUAACAAUGUAGUUUAACACAAGACUGUGAAAUCCCAAACUUGUCAAGAUAAGAGGUACCGGUAGUAGGCAAGAUCACUGGCAAAAGUGAGCAAAUGUACCCGCCUUGAGUUGUCACUUGAAGUAUCUUUACACAGAACCAAGUUGUUUCUGGAUACCUUCACAAGAAUUUCCCUUCAUCACUUUUAAUAUACUCAGUAAAAAGGCUAUUUUAAUAUACAGAGGCUGUUUCAUGAGUUCUUUCUCCAAAGACGUUUGUCCAGGAGUUGCUAUUUCACUGUACAUUUUCCAUAUGAAAAUCCUGCCUUCACAAACUAUCUCUGUGUGUAUGUGGGUAGGUAACCUUACUGAUAACAAUAUUCCUCUUGUCGUAAAAUCGAAUGCACUCAUGCAUGAUGUUCUUGAACACUCACUUUUGCCCCACAUGUUAUAACCUCUGACGACUCAGCAAUUUCAGUCUCGACAUGUAAUCCAACUCUCCACUAAUAGAUCCCCAUGCUUUGUAUGUCCUCAUCAGGUCUGUUGUAUUAGAGGUCAAACCUAAAUGUGACAUCCACAGACGGUGCAAACAUUUCAUUUUGUGGUUUACUUUUCAUCUCAGUGUUUGUAUGCAAGUUGGUGUCUGCCCUGUAUGUUUGGAUAGGAUGCAGCCCAAAACAGAUGACAUGAUACCUGGAGGUUUGUUUUUAUCAGUUUAAUCAUUUGUGUUUGUUUUUGUCUGUUUUUAAACACAAAAGUAAAUAAAAAUCUAUUUGAAACUA